CGGGCACCUCAGCUAAAGGCAAGGUACCUAAGGCGCGAAUGAGAAUGGGUCUUUGACCUCGCUGGUCUCAUUGCGAUCCAAUGCUAUCAAUCCAAACCUGACAACAACACCAACAACAAAUCACAUCCGAAAUCCACCAUCUCGGCCUCUGCACUGCCGCCUCGACCCCGCGUGUCCUCAAAGAGACGUUGCAUUUUACUGAGACUCGUUCACAUUCACUUCAGACAGCGUCCCUAGCCAAGGUAGCUUCUCGAGUGACUUAGCUUUCCUCUUCCGCUUCGACCACCGCUCGCGUCUUUUCGCCUGUCGCAGUCGUUCCUUUGCAUCAUCUUGGCUGUUGCACUUCAAUCAUGGUCAGCUUGCCCUCGCAGCUACGUUCGCAUUAUCGUCUCGCAAAGUCUUGAAAAAGCGUAAACAAAUAUAAGAGAAAAAAGCAACAGCCGAAAUUUAUACCAUAGCAUGAGCCAAGUGAUUCCAACAUCAUCAUCAUGUCUGGAACACAAAUGCAGUUAGAGGAUUGGCUGGACGACCUCUGCGUCCGCUUCAUCAUCAACCUUCCCCAGGAGGAUCUCUCCUCCGUCGCUCGAAUAUGCUUCCAAGUCGAAGAAGCUCAGUGGUUCUACGAGGAUUUCAUCCGUCCACUUGACCCGACUCUGCCGUCCAUGACCCUGCGAACGUUUUGUCUGCGAAUCUUCCAGCAUUGUCCCUUAUUGGCCAGCUUUUCUGUUGAGAAUCAUACGAAAGCGUUUGAGGAGUUUCUGGAGUACAAGACUCGUGUUCCUGUACGAGGUGCUAUCAUGCUGAACGAGGCCAUGGAUUCGACAGUCCUGGUCAAGGGAUGGAAGAAGGGAGCCAACUGGAGUUUCCCACGAGGAAAGAUCAACAAAGACGAAGACGAUCUGGAUUGCGCCGUUCGUGAGGUAUAUGAAGAGACUGGUUUGGACCUUCGAGCUGCUGGCCUGGUACCUACCGAACAUAAACCAAAGUACAUUGAGAUCUCCAUGCGCGAACAGCACAUGAGGCUUUACGUCUUCCGAGAUGUCCCAAUGGACACUGUAUUUGAACCGAAGACCAGGAAGGAAAUCAGUAAAAUCCAGUGGUACAAACUAUCGGAACUACCAGCCUUCCGCCGCAAGAAUGGCCAAGCGAACGAUGCCAGCACUGCACCUAACGCUAACAAGUUUUAUAUGGUGGCACCGUUCUUGGUGCCGCUGAAGAAAUGGGUUACGGCACAGAAGAAGAUUGAAGCAAGGAGAGCAGCAAACAGCUCGCAAGGUUAUGGACCUAUCAGUGAAGCCCAAUACGAGGACGAAGCAUGGAACGAUACUGGCGCCGAAACUACGGACCAAGGCCCAGCGAUAGAGACGCUUGCAGGCGCCACACAGGAGUUGCAACGUUUAUUGAAGGUGCAGCCUCCCACUCAAGGAUUGCAAGGUGUUUCCGCUCCGGCCCCUUCUCAACAGGAUAAAGGAAGUGCAUUACUUUCUAUCCUCCAAGCCAAAGACGGUCCUUCCAACGCCAUGCCGCAGACUGGUGCUCACUAUCCUCAAACUCCUCUUGACCACACAGUUACCAACGCUCCUCAACCUCAUACGCCGCAUCACCAUAAUCAUCACCAGAUGCCAUCUACAAAUACUCAGCAGCCACCGCCGCCAUUCCCGUAUGCGCCUAAUCAAGCUGCUCACUGGAAUAUGGGACCAGAACAGCAGGUCGGGAAUCAUCAGCUAUAUAAUCAGCAAUAUUCUAUCCAGGAGGGCCAGUAUAAGAGCAACCAGGCUCCUUUGGUGCAUCCUCAGCCAUUGCCUCCCCAAGUAGAAAGGGCCGUCUUCAACAGGAGUGUAUUCCAGGACGUUAACCAACCCAACUACAAUCCUGUGCCUGGCCAGUUUGUUAAUCAGCAGCAAGCGCAAUACGGCCACCCUGGCCAGAUGCCUCAGCAAGCUCUCAAUUCAACUGGGCAGCCAAGACAACAACCUUUGAAUGGCCAGUCCAUGGCACUCCUGAAUGCUUUCAAGGGCGGUAAUACCACGCCACAGGUACAGCAGAAGCCUCAACAAGUUCCAAUCCCCCCUGGCUUCCCAGCACAGAACCAAGGUCCUGUGUAUAGUAACCUUGGUGGACCACAAGCGCAACAAGUUCCUCCGCAAGUCCCUCAUACGGCCGGCCCUGUGGGAGGCCAAGAUCGCUCAGGGCCAAGUCCCAAGGAGCUACCAGGCUCGAAAGUUGGACCACCUGCCGACAAUCACCGUUCUGCUCUGCUAGGCAUGUUUCGCAAGGACGACCAGAAUCAGCCUCCUGCGCAAGGACCUCAGCCCACCGGACAGCCUGCUCCUGGCAGUAUGAUGAGUGAACUUCUGCGUUCAGUUGGCGGAGACAAUUUCAGGGCCCAUAUUCCCCAACAAGCCCCCGCUGAUCCCAACCCGCUCCCAUCAAUGGAAGGUCUAUCACUACAACAACGACCUACUCAAACCGGUACACCUGGAUCUCAAGGAAGAGCGGAUUAUUCGCAACAAUAUGGUGCCCAAGCACAUGCACCAGCUGCCUCGCAGCCUACUCAGCCUAUCCGUAUUCUUCAACGAGGUCAGAGUGAACAAUUAUUUGGCAUUGGUGGAGCAUCCGCAUCUCCUCAAACUUCCUUUGCCUCGCCAAGUGGAUUAUCUAGCCACUUGCAGCCUGCAGGUGCUGGCAUCAGUCCCAGCAUCGCACAAGCAUUCCCUGCUGUAAAUCGUCGUCGCGAGUCUGGUCCCGCUCAGAAGAGAGAGCUGCUUUCACUUUUUGGCAAGCAGCCAUCCCCGGCUAGUUUGGAGGCAGCCAAGGGCAAGGAGGUCAUUGCUGGAACGCCUAGGUCUCGUCUUGCUUCUUUGGCCUCUGGAGUUGAGGACCCUGCUGGCCCGCCUUCUCGUCGUGGUAGUCAGACGCCCAUCUCGCCAGCCGAACGAACGUUUUUGCUGGACUACUUACAGUCUGUUACCAAGAAUGCUAACCAUUGAGGGAUUUCUGGAGAAGUGAUUUCAUGUGUACUAUUUGGUAUUUAUAGGAACGGGGGAGCAUUGCAACGGAGCCUUGUGUGGGAUACUAUAGUUUUGGCAAACAAUGAGCUAGCGUAGGUAUCUAAUUGCUAAGCGACCGUUAUCGCCACUUUGUUUGGCUUGGAUUGUUAUCUGACUUGAGAUGAUUGUGGUGAUGUUUCAUGCUGUGUGGGCGGUUGAUCUUUUCGCAUGGUGUUAUAGGGAAGACUUAUGAUCAGACUUUGCUAAUUUGGCUAAUCGAUCUUGGUCCGCUACUUGGC